GCAAGUCCUUUUUAGCUUCCUUUAUAUUUCUCUCUUGGCUCUUUGCUUCUCUAUUCUUGCAUCUCCCACACUUUCUUCAUAAUCUCUCUUCUACCAAUAACUUCAUCCUUUCUCCUCGUCCAAUAACCUCCCGGGUCUUCUUCACUACACAUCCCCUCCCAGUACCUUUACGGUCCCUCCCAGUGGUCACCUAACUGGUACACACUACACAGGUUGGGUUAGAAACUUCAGUGCAUCACAACCCAGCCUCUGAUAAGGGUAUACUCUCUCUUCCGUCUGUUUGACUACGCCUGGCUGUGACUUGCCUCGUUUGAUUGCUUCUACUCCGGUGACCUUAAUCUUCGCAGUCCCCCACGCCUGAGGGAGGAGGCGUGGCCGCAACAGUAUGGCCGGCGCGUGGCUACUGUAUCUCCUGGCAAGCGUCGCGGGCACAGCAGCAGAAGGAGCAGUAGGAGGCGUAUGGGGACGGUUACUUGAGGAUAACAACGCCUUGGCUAACUAUGGAAACUCAGUGCUCUUGGGCCACGCUCUUUCACACCCUGAGCUCUCCACGAGGAUCAAUGAUAAGGCCUUGCCAGAUCCUACAUCCUCGCCUCCUAACCCUCCUCCUAAGUACUCCUUCCAAUCCUCAGUGUCCAGUCUUCCCUCGCCUCAUAAGGAUCUCGCGGAUAUCCUGACUAAUCUGCAGAUCCUUAAUAUCCUCACCACCCAGGAUGCGCAGGUUCUCGCCGCCCACGCACAGGAUACAAUGUACGAGACGCCCUAUGUUGAUCCUGAUAGUUCGCACCACCAGUCAGCUGUGUACGACAUGGCAGCAGCAGCCUCCAGGACACCGCUGAUGGAGCUCUACCAGUACCUCGACCCAGACCAGGCCCCGAAACCCGCCGGUCAGCCCCCAGCUUCGCCCUUCGCUCUGCCGCCCCUCCACACCCCGCCCGCCACGCACCACCAGUCCAGUGCGUCCUCUGAGCAACACUCUCCAGCCCCAGCCCCCGCCAGCAGUGGUGUGUUGGAUGACUCCUUCCCCAGCCCCGCUCCCUCUGACUCCACACCGCACCACCCUGCCUCCAUCUCCACUCCCUCACACCACACCAACCCACCCCUCUCCUCCUCCAGCCCUGCUCACCCUUCUCCCAGUCCCACCCAGUCUCCCUCUACUCCAACCCACUUCCUGCCCCGCCCCACCCACGCUACCUUUCCUCCUUUCCAGCCUAUGACUGGCCCCGCACCCCCUGCAGGCCCCAGCGGGGUGUGGAGGGGUCCGCCGUCCCCCUCACCAUACCAUCUAAAGUGGACCUGA